AGCAAAACUGGCCUUGAAUAUCAAGCAAAGUGAACACCCACAAACCAGUAUACCAGUAUACCAGUUACCAAAAUAGAGACAAACUUUAUAUAUAUUUCAUACCAAAAGCAGUGAGGAUAAAAACAGAAUGGGGGAUGAGCGAAAGAGCACUUACAAGGCGACCACAGUGCAGGUGCGACUGCGACCCAGAAAGGAGCCUAAAGUGAGAACCACAGAGUUCAUUGAGGAGCCGGCGGAGAAGCGCAAGCACAGGGAGCACAAGGACAGAACGGAGCGGGUUUGGGGCAAGAAUCAGUGUCCGCCGCGCAAAAGUCCCGGCAAGAAGACCAAGGAGCAGCGCAUCAUACAGCAGUUUCGGAACAUUGACUUCUCGCGCAAGGACUCGGAGCAUCAGCUGACGGUGCAGACGCUAGAGUUUCCCGAUGCCAAUGUGAAGCGGACGGAUCUGCACAAGAGAGACGAGUGCGGCCAAAGUCUGGUGCGGCGGAGGGGCAGGGACUUCGCCAGCUCUAGCAACUCGCACUUUCGCGACGGUGUGCAGACGGUGAAGAUUCGCAAGCAGAGCUGCACCUCCACCACGGCCUCGAGCCAGUCAAGCAGUCGCGUGUCGUCGGGGCGACCCUCGGCACGGGUGCAUGGGAUGGCCGACUCACAGGAGAUGAUCGACUCGCUGCACGAGCCCUCCGAGCGUCCGCCAUUCUUCAAGGGCAAGGCGUGGAUGAAACCGUGUCCGGCGAGCCUAAUGGCCGGAGCUCCGCGCUCCCACAUCGGACGCUGUCCGGACAACUACACUCAGCUGGCAAAGCUGCGUCCAUCGCGCCAGAAGUUCUUUCUCACGCAGGACCCGCGGCAGACGCACUGCCUGGUGAAUCCUGUGGCGCUGCGGCACAAGCCGCUGACCAAAGUGCAGGAGUACGAUGUGAUCAGCAAGAUGGUGAAGCACGGGGACAAUCUGUGUGCCAGCACGGGCUCCGAGGGCUCCGACUCGCACAUCAGCGAGCUGAUUGAUCUGCACAAUCCCUUGAACUUGGACUUUCAUGGCAUGGACUACAAGAACACGUACGAGCAGGACGAGAUCGAGCAGGAGGACACGCAGACCUACUGGCGGGUCAAUCGGUACAUGGCACGGCGUGCCACGAAGAAGAACACCCAAGUAAAGGUGGAGGCAGAGCUAAAGGCGGAGCGUCUGGCUGUGCCGCGUCGCUUCACCACCCUCAUCAAGGACGAGCCGAUGCAGGAGGAGCCGGUGGUCAAGUCGCCACGUCUGGUGGAUCUCUACCGCAGUGCAGACAAGCCAGCAAAUAGAAAGAAAAUUGACGAGGAGCGCGCGCGGCGUGAGGCACGCUACAAGGACAUUUACCUGCGCAGCAAGCAGCGCUCCCUGGAGCAGCAGAAGGAGCGCCAGAGGCAGGAGGCAGCCGAAAAGGAGAUCGAAGCACGCACCGUGGCCGAGCGGGAUCUGAGCGAGGAUGUGGCCAUCAUCGAUGAUGCCAUCGAGCGGAGCUUCCGCAAGAGUGUCGAGAUCAAGCCGGUGGUGCGGAGCCGCAAGGUCUUCCCAAAGACCCUCACCGAAACGGAGCGUCUGAAGGCGGUCAUGCACCGUGAGAAUUGUGUGGCACGCGACAAGGCCAAGGUCACCCAGCAGUUCUUCCUGGAGCGCACCGGUAAGCUCAAGGAGCUGCCUGCCGCGGAGCAGAACCUCCGCUGCGAGGAGAGCAUCGACGGCAGCGUCGGCUCCACGCCCAGCGAGCAGAGCAGCGACGACGAGGACUACCUCCAGGUGGGCAAGAUCGGCGAUCACUUCCAGCUACGCGGCUUUCACUUCAAGCACGGCGACGGGCUGCGAGGAAAGCUGCAUCGCCACCAGAUCAUGCAGGGCCAGCGCACCGUCAAGGGUUGCCUCACGCGCGAGGAGUGGCUCAGUCAGCUGGUGCCACACAAGGAGCCCAUCAAGCUGGACAUUGAGCGGGGCAUCAUCAAGGUCAUGGACCCCGACGAUCCCAAUUUGGAUCUGUUCCCGCCCGAGCCGCUGCUCAUGAAGCGUCACGAGCGCCAGAGCGCCGUCCGUGAGUUCAUCGAUAAGCGUCUUGGCAUGCACUACCAUCGACUGCUCCGCAAGAACAUCAAAGUGAUCAAGCCGAAGCUGCAGUACAAUGUGCGAAAGUUCAAUCUCAUUCGGUAUGUCUUCCCCGAGAAGAUGAUUGUGUUUGAAGAUCGCAACCAGGCGGAGGUCGCCGAUGUGGAUGUCCUGGAUGCCACAAAGACCACCACCACGUUGGAGUAUCUGAAUUUGAAGCAGAAAAUAGCCUCACUCAAGCGGCACAAGAAGAAACUCGCUCGCAUGCAGCUGCUGGGGCUGCCCUGUCAGGAGAUCAGGAAGCAACAGUUGCGGGAUCUGGGCCAGGACGAAGGCGAUCAAGAGGAGAUCGAAGUGGACUGGGUGCCGACACCAGAGCCGCCCUACGACCAGUCGGAGCACACCGAAGACACUAGAUCGAGCGUGGAUAGUCGACUCUCAGCGGGUUGCGACACUCCCCGAAAGGAUCUGCGCUGCUUUAUGCCCACGUGGAAACGGCAGCGAGUGCCAGUUACUGGCAACAACCAGAAGAAUCGCAAUCGCAACCGUUACUGGAGCAGCAGUAUCCCCGAAAGCCUGCAGAAAAACGAAAGCCACUACAAAAAUUGGCGGAACAGCGUCCAGCGGCGAAAGAGCACAGUCUCGAUCUUUCGAAACAAUUGCAAUCGCGCGGGCUACUGGCGGGACCACAAAAUGUCCUCCCAUGGGCGCCUGCUGGCCGGUGCUGGGUAUCAACCAAUGCGCUAUCGCGGCAACAUGCCAGCACCCAAGCUGCGAGAGAAAACUCUGACGAUCCAUCCACGUCGUCGCCGGGACUACGAAGCGGAACGCAUUCCAUCGGCUAUUUUCAAUGAGGUGCUGCCGUAUUCCCCCGUGCCGCUGCUGGAGCAGCCCGAGCCGGAGAGGAUUCGCCUGGCAAAUGUGCGCAAAAAGAAACGCCGCUACACGGACAUUUUUGAGGCGCGUCACCACCACGACCAUUGGGCGCCCACCCAGGUGAAGAAUGUCCAUGUGCAGUACCAAAACAAGACUGUGCACCCCGAGAUUACGACUGUCCUGAAGCGGAUCAAGGAGCCAGUGUUCAAGUUCGAUAAGGCCAAUCCGCCGUGCAAGAGGCACAUCGACACGGACCUGACAAUGCCGCGCUAUGACUUCGAGACGAUCAUCAACGAGCAUCUGGCUGCCACGCGCAUCGACACCAAGGAGACCAACAAGGGUGCAGUGGUCCAGGACCUGUGCUAUCCCCGCGACUUUGUGUUUCACUCGCGUGAUCCCGAGGAGAUUGCCAAAUUGGAUUUCCCUGGCCGACGGGAGUACUUGGAGUUUCUGCGCGAAACCCGCGAGGCCAUCUACGAGACAAAGGACAUUGAGCCGGGCGAGGAGCGGCUGCUGGUGGAUCGCAGGGCUAUUUGCGCGGACCUAGAGGAGGAUCUGCGCAGCAUCGAGAACUGCCUGAGUUCGCUGAGCAGCUCCACGUGCACCGAUCUGUCCAAUGACAGCGGCAGCUUUCUGGUGGUGGAGGGAAAGACCAAAAUACCCUUGGACUACAUACGAAAGCCACUGGUGCCGUUCGAGGAGAUGCGACGCUCACGCUUCCAUGCCACAGUCAUCGAUGUGAAUGCCGAGGACGAGGAUCCGUAUCGCAUGCUGCCCUUUUCGGGCCAGCACAAGGAGCAGUCGUCCAUGAUGGGGCCCAAGGACACUUUCUUUACCUUCGGCACUCGCCUGAGGAAUAGUCUGCGACUGCGACUCGAAGUGGAGGUGCCAGAUGUAAGAAAAACGCUGCUGGGUCCCGGCAAUCGUAAGUAUUAUGGCGCUGUAAUCACCGAUCUCGAUGAGAACUACAUCGAGGAGCUGAAGAGUCGCCCGAACGUGAAGACAUUCAACUUCAAGACGGGCAUCGAACUGCUCAAGGAUGCCAUGCGACUGAAGUACGAAUCGCUGUUGAUCCAGGGACAAAUGGUGCGCACGAAGAUCUACGACCGGAUGAACGAGCGGCAUUGGGUGAACAUGAAGAAUACGAAGAAUCUGUAUGAGGGUCUCUUCGUCAAGUGGCAAAAGAGGGAGUACAAUGCGGCCAUGUCGUUGGUCUACCAGGUGAAGGCCUACUACGAGAUCACCGACAAACUGAAGCACGAGUUUCGCGAACUGGAGCGGGAGCUGAUGAUGCUCAACAUGGACAUUGUGUUCAUCGAGGGGCACUGGAUACGCUGCAUUAUGCUGCAGAAUUUCCACUAUCUCAUGGGGGAUCAGGACUGGCGCAUGGAGCACGACUGGAUACACUUGGUGCCCGCCUCGAAGCUGGGCAAAGCGUCCACAGAAGCCGUUGGCGAGGAGCCGGAACUGCAAGUUGAAGAGGAAGAGGGGCAGCAGCAGCAGCAUUUGGAGUACGAACUAGAACGUGCAGACAUUUCCAUAGCCAAGCGUUCGACUGUCAACAUUCGUGUGCGGGACAAAGACGAUGCAUGGGCCAUACGCUCCUUCUACUACGAUGUCUACAUGCAGAAGAUCCACCCUAUUCUGCAGGUCUUUCCCGAUGCCGAGGCCUUUUUGCAGGGAGUGGAAAACCUUAAGACAAAGACCUUUAUGACCCUACUCGAGAUGCACUUUACGCUGUCCAUUCACACGGAGCUGCAGGGCCGACUGGAGACGUUUAUGGACUGGUGCAGCAAACACCUCAAGGAGAAGGAGGAUUACGUGGCCCGCAAGUCGGCCAAGAAGUUCUUCAUGGAGGGACGGGCCAUCGAAAUGGAGCAUCGAGUCCUGCACUAUCUGGGCAAGCCCAUCGAGCAGUCCUUUGCCGAUGAAGAGUUCAACAAGCAUCGGGCAGUCAUCGCCGAGGUGUGGCGUCGCGUCGUGCCCGACUCGCUGCGCGGCAGCAGCGACGUGGUGCCCUGCACGGCCGACAUGGUGGCGGGGAUCAGUGAUGUGGUGAUGGAAUUGCUUGGCAAGUUCGAGCACAUGGACAUAAAGAAGGUGCGAGAGGUGGAGGUUACGCUGCGCAAGCGGCGCCGCCAUCUGGAGAAGAUCUCGGCUCAGGCCUACCAGGUGGAGCGGCGCAUAGAAAUGGAAAUGAAGAAGGUGCGCCGCAACCUGGAGCCACCCUACAAGCCACCCCAGCGGGAGGGUCGUCUGCCGCGUCUCUUCUUCAAGAAGCGUGUGGUCCCAGUGCCAGAGCCAAAGAUUGUCAUUUCGGAAAACACCAAAAACUUUAUGCGCGCUUUCAAGGAUGAUGGCGAGGUGAUUGCCAACUCUCUCACCCAAGACUCGCUGCUAGUCGUGGACAACAUGCAGGAGCAGAUUGUGCCCUUCUACUUUGAUCACUUCCUCAAGAUCCAUGGCUACACGCCCAACUACAACUUCAAAACAAACGUCGAGCUUCGCGACGGACCCGAGCUGGCACGCCUCAAGAUCAAAGAGGUCAUACCCGACGUGCUCAUACGCCUGGAGAACUGGGAGCUCACACACAAGAAGAUCAUGGAGGAGAAUAUUCAGCGUAAUCCCAAGAUGUAUGAGAAUAUUAACUAAUCAAAUGCGGAGGCACUGUACUUUUGAGUUAUCUUAUGAGCAAAUA